AUGUCAGAUUUACCUGGUUUACGCCCGCCUGAGGAGGACGACCCCGAGGACGCGCUUCGCAUACAGCAACAACGCUACGCGCAGCGGAUACAACAGCGCCUGCAGGAGGAGCGCGAAGUAGCUGGCACUAUUGAGGGCGAGUAUAGAGCUGCAUGGACCGACUUCUACUCCCGCGAACCCGAGCAAUGCGAGCAACUCAUCAGGUCCCUCGAGGUCGCCUCACCGCAUCCGCCGCUCUCCUUAGAUGAUCUCUUCGAGGGUGCAGAAUAUAUCGAAAUGAGCCCCGAGCCCACCCCCUCCGAGGCCUCGUUUGAUAUAUGGCUGUCUGACCUGCAACAGCGCUCCCAAUUGUCAACGGACACCGCCCUCACACUGCAUGACAUGGACGAAUACGCCUAUCGCAAGUACGAGAGUUGCACGCCUUCCGUCGAAGGCAUCCUCUACAACGGCGAUCCACGGAUACUGAAAUUCAUUCCCUGCGCUGAUGAGCCGGGCUUCAGAGCAGAGCUGUACGCCUCAAAGCACCUGCAACUCGCUUGGCAGACAGAAUGGUUUGACGUCGAUUUCAAGCUCAUAGCUGCUGAUGCGCAUCGUCGCCUUGAGGAUGUCGGGCUCGAUCACGAGAAAAUUGAGCGGUACAAGCCACGAUCUCUCCCAUCUCCCGGUAGCGGCUUCAAGUCAUUCCUCAGAAAGCGUGACCUUCCCCACUGGAGUAGCGAGUCGCUCGUAGAACUACAUCAAUCUGCCGCAACGUUGGCGACCGCAACACAUCUAUUGCGCGAAGUCAACAGCUUCGUCUCCGUCUUCUGCGGCAGCUUGAUCUGCAACAAGGCGAAAUGCAUGACCCACGAGUACAUUGCUGAAAUCAUUCCAAACCCAGAGGACAAUGAGGGGGGUAUAGAGCUGGACAAGGCACAAAGCAUGCUGAAUGACCACAGACACCUCAACUAUUUCUUCAAUUUGCUGCCUGGGACCUACCUUUUGGAUGCAGCUACUGUGGGCAAUGCUGUCAGGUGCAUCAACUGCCCAGAUGAACAACCCAUGGCAAAUGUAGAGGCUGACACCCGACAAGUGGGUGGGGAUAUGAAAAUCAUGUUCUACUCAAGUACGUUCUGA